CUUCUCCAGCGCAUCAGGACGGCACAAAGCCGAGCAGCCCUCAGUCACACACAGUCUCAACUCGAAACAAGGACUUCGAUUGUUUUCUUGCAUCCAGAGACUGUCCUUUUUGGGGGGAAUAUUCCAGACUUUUAUUAUUCAGCUUUACUUUUGAAAGUGUUGAGUUGUGUUUCAUGGUUUUUUGAAAAUCUGAAUUGAAGUCAGAAUGCUGGAUCCACUUGCUGAGUUGAGAAGAACCGGAGGCUUUAGGCAGUGUGGUGGCCGGUUGUCCUGGCAGGUGCGUUGGAUCUUGUACAGCGUGUGCGUACUGACAGUAAUAAACUGUGCCGGCCUGGUUCUGCUCCUGGUUCAGCAGAGAGAGCUGUGGGCUCAUCUGACUGAGGUGGAGAGGCAGAUGGUGGAGAUUUCUAAGAGCUCCGUGGUGGAGUUCAUGACACAGGUGAACGAAGAUGAGGCUGAGUACCAGUACUCCAGAAAGAAACGCAGCCGGCAGCAUCGAGGGACACGACCCUUUGAGGAGCAAGAGGGGAGUGUGGGAGAGGAAGUCUUGGGAGAUUUCCAGUAUCAGAAUCUACAGACGCAUGGCCCGGUUUACCAGCACAAAACAGAAGAGCAGGAUGGAAUGAUGACAAUGAUGACAUACUCCAUGGUGCCAGUUAAAAUUCUUCUGGAUAUUUGCAACAGUACUAAAGGAGUCUGUCUGACUGGGCCACCAGGACCGUCAGGAAUUCCAGGCUUGCCGGGUGUGGACGGAAUGCCGGGGUAUAAUGGAACAGACGGAAUUCCAGGGUUGCCAGGAGAGCCUGGAGCACAAGGAAAACGGGGAAAAAGAGGUCCUCCGGGUGAGAAGGGUGAGCCUGGUGAGAGAGGAGAGCAAGGGUAUCCUGGACCCCCUGGAGAACAGGGUGAACCUUCAAAUGAUGUCAUAGUAGAGGGUCCACCUGGUCCAGUUGGACCCCCUGGCCUCCCUGGUCCACCUGGCCUUCCAGGGCCCGCCGGACCUCAGGGGCCACCAAGACACAGGAGCCACAGAGCACAUCUCCAAAGGGGGAAGGAGUCUGUGGGUCACCCUAAAUCAGUCCCAAAUGAUGACACCAUCACCCAGAAAAUGGUAUCAUGGAAGAUAAAUGACUGUGUCAUAAAAUCAGUGCAGAACCCAAGACAUCUGAUGAAAAUGAGCAGCACAUUUGGAGCGUGGAUGAUGGACACCGCUGCUCAUGAUAAUGAGAAGAUCUGGGUAGCAGAACAUUUCUCAGGACGUAUCAUAAAGGAGUACAACAGUAUUGCGGCAUUCCAGAACAGCAGCAAUGAAUCCAUUGAUGUCCGAAAAUUUUUCCAAGGUUGCGGUCACGCUGUACAUAACGGCUCCAUAUUCUACCACAUCGCUGGAACUUCCCAUAUUGCCAAGUUUGACCUCCAGACGAAGAUCUUACACAUGCUUACCAUUGAAAAUGCUUUCUAUCAUAAUAAGUCCUACCUCCUUGAGAACUCAAAGACCUAUUUCAAAUUGGCAGUGGAUGAGAACGGUAUGUGGAUCAUAUUUGCCUCCAACACUGACGACAACAUAAUGGUGGCACGAUUGGAUGAGAAAACUUUCUCCGUCAACACAUACAUAAAUGCCACCUAUCCCAGGACCAAGGUAGGUAAUGCAUUUAUCGCCUGCGGGAUCCUCUAUGUCACGGAUACUAAAGACACAAAAGUGACGUACGCCUUUGACCUCCUGAAAGAGAAGCCUGUUAGUGUCAGUUUAGAUCUGAGGGCACCUGGAGGGGUUCUGUCCAUGAUCUCAUACAAUCCCAGAGACAAACACCUCUACAUAUGGGACAGCAGCUAUGUCAAGUCAUACCAAGUACAGUUCCACUCAGAUGAAUAAUCAAAUAUCAGUGAAAUAAGUGCAAUAUUUUGUGUUGUGUUUUGUCAUGUUCAUGCAUAUUUAUAAGCAAAUAACCUGUGCUUAAGUUGCCACCCAUAUAUUAUAUAUUUUUUUUGAGUGGACCAUAGAUCAAGAACUAAAUUGUAUAUCAAGUGAUAUUUGCAUACAAUAUUUGGACACUUGUGCCACCCUUAAAGGGAUAGUUCACCCAAAAAUGUUAAUUUUUGAUGUUUAUCUGCUUACCCACAGGGCAUCCGAGAUGUAGGUGACUUUGUUUCUUUAAUUGAACACAAAGAAAGAUUUUUAACCCAAACCGUUGCAGUCUGUCAGUCAUAUAAUGGAAGUGAAUGGGAAUCACGGCUUUGAGAGUCAAAAAAUAUACACAAACAAAACCAAAUUAAAUCCUGCGGCUCGUGAUGAUACAAUGAUGUGUAAAGACACAAAAAGAUCGGUCUGUGCAAGAAACUGAACAGUAUUUAUAUUGUGGUUUAUUUUCUACCUCUGAUUGACCGAUUGAUCGAAUUUCGAACUGUCCUGAGCACGCUUGCGUCUUCUUCUUCAGAUGGCUUUUUCUUUUUCUUCUUCUUGCUUUACAGCAGAUUGCAUAGUUGCAUUACCGCCACCUAUCUCUCAAAUAGACCAUUGAUCCUCCUAUUUGAGAUUGUAGCUAGAGUGUCAAUGGUCCACUUGAGAGAUAGGUGGUAGUAAUGCACUAAUCAAGUGUGUGAUCCGCCGUAAAGCAAGAAGACGACAACAAAGUGUCACAGGCUGGCUGUUGAGAAUGUGAUCAGGACAGUUCGGACAUUGCGGUGAAUCAGAGGUAAAAAACAAUAUAAAUACUGCACAAACCGAAAUUUUCAUUUUUGGGAGAACUAUCCCUUUAAAUUUUGUUGACUUUAUGUUAUAGAUAUUGUGUUAGACUGCUAGUAUGUAAAAGACACAAAAUAUAUUGGCCAAGUGUUGUUUAAUUUAUAUUGCACGCAUGUUUAUGUAGCUACAAAUGCUUGGAAAUCCUGAAAUAAACCCUGAAACAUUUUAAUAUAAA